CCCAUUUCACUGUUAACAAUGGCUGAAACUGUUGCUAUUGAACUCGUCAAAGUGGUUGCUGAGAAGAUGACUGAUGAAGCCUUCAAGCGAAUUGCUCGCUCUCAGGGAAUUCACAGCGAGCUGAAGGAGUUGAAGAGCACAUUGUCCAGAAUCCAAGAUCUGCUUCAUGAUGCCUCUCAGAAGGAAGUGAACAAUAAAACUGUCAAGUCAUGGCUGAAUGGUCUCCAACAUUUGGCUUACGAUAUCGAUGACGUACUCGACGAUGUGGCUACAGAAGAUAUGCAUCGACGAUGUAGUAUUACCAAGAGGUUACAGGAUCUAGAAAAACAAAAUCCAGGUUUGGUUGUGAUAGGUGAAAAGCCAAAAGUUAUUACUAGUAGAAGAAAUGAAACCUCUUUGCCAGAUGGGUCUAGUGUGAUUGGAAGAGAAGUUGAGAAAGAGAAAUUGUUGAACAAGUUGUUAGUGGAUGAUGGGUCAUCUAAGGAAAGUUUUAGCAUAGUACCCAUAGUUGGUAUGGGUGGGGUUGGCAAGACCACUCUAGCUAGACUUUUGUAUAAUGAUACUAAGGUGCAGACACACUUUGAACCGAAGAUAUGGGUUUGUGUUUCUGAUGAUUUUGAUAUAUUUAAGAUAAGUGAUAUCAUCCUUCAAUCUAUGACUAAAGAAAGCAAGGAAUAUAAAGAUUUAAAUCAGCUGCAAAUGGCUCUCAUAGAGAAAUUAAAGAACAAACGAUUUCUACUAGUACUUGAUGAUGUGUGGCAUGAAAAUGAUGACGACUGGGAAAACCUAGUGCGCCCAUUUCGUUCAUGUGCCCCUGGAAGUAGGAUCAUCGUGACAACUCGCAAAGAAGAAUUGCUCAAAAAGCUACGUUUUGGUCAUCUAGACUGUCUUAAGAGUUUGUCACAUGAAGAUGGUCUAUCUUUAUUUGCUCUACAUGCUUUAGGCGUUGAGAACUUCAAUUCACACACGACACUUAAACCAUAUGGUGAAGGUAUUGUGAAAAAGUGUGCUGGUUUGCCUUUGGCUUUGAAGGCAAUUGGAAGGCUAUUGGGAACAAGAACAAAUGUAGAAGACUGGGAAGACGUGUUGAACAGUGAGAUAUGGAAUUUAGAAAAUAGUGAUAAGAUUGUUCCGGCUCUUAGGCUUAGCUACCAAGAUCUUUCUGCAGAUUUGAAACAGUUGUUUGCAUACUGCUCCUUGUUCCCAAAGGACUAUUUGUUUGACAAGGAAGAGUUGGUAUUAUUGUGGAUGGCCGAAGGGUUUUUGAGCCCAUCAAAUGCAACCAAGUCACUAGAACGCUUAGGCCAUGAAUAUUUUGAAAUUUUGUUAUCAAGGUCAUUUUUCCAACAUGCACCUAAUGAUAAAUCAUUGUUUAUCAUGCAUGAUCUGAUGAAUGACUUGGCUACGUUUGUUGUCGGAGAAUUUUUUCUAAGGUUUGACAAUCAUAUGAAAACAAGGACGGAAGAUUUGGCAAAGUAUCGGCAUAUGUCAUUUACUCGUGAGAAGUAUAUAGGUUACCAUAAGUUUGAGGCAUUCAAAAGUGCCAAAAGCUUGAGAACACUUUUAGUAGUAUCUCUCGGUGUGGAUAAAGGUUGGGACAAUUUUUACUUAUCCUCUAAGAUUUUGGUUGACAUACUUCCAGAGUUAACAUUGUUAAGAGUUCUUUCUUACAGUGCAAACACGGUAGUGUUGAUGACGAAUCUGCCGGAAUAUUCUUUUUUCAGAAGUGGCUCUGAUACCACUUUGUUGAUUUAA